AUGAGGGUAGAAAUAUCUCAGUUCUUUUUUCUGAAGAAAGGACACACCCUCUUACUACCCCUUGUGUACGCAGUCACAGUGAGGACAUUUUAUAUAGCGACAGUGUUUAUUCACUCCCGGCUCAUCUUCUGUGAGACUAAAUUGCCAAGAAGAAGAAGAUUAAAUGCUCUCCGUGAAGUAACUCCUGUAGACCUUCCUAACUGCAAUUUAGUUAAAGGAGUCGAAACAGGUGCUGAAGACUUAGAGAUCCUCCCUAAUGGACUGGCUUUCCUAAGUACUGGACUAAAAUACCCUGGAAUAAAAAGUUUUGAUCCCGAUAAGCCCGGAAAAAUACUUCUGAUGGACUUGAAUGAGAAGGACCCAGCAGUGUUGGAAUUAGAAAUUACAGGAAAUAAGUUGGAUACAUCGUCAUUCAACCCUCAUGGAGUUAGUACAUUCACAGCUGAAGAUAAUGCCGUGUACCUACUGGUGGUAAACCACCCAGACUCCAAGUCCACUGUGGAGGUGUUUAAAUUUCAAGAAGAGGAAAGAUCACUUUUGCAUCUGAAAACCAUCACACAUGAACUUUUUUCUAGCAUCAAUGAUAUUGCCGCGGUUGGACCUGAAAGCUUUUAUGCCACAAAUGAUCACUAUUUUGCUGACACAUAUUUAAAGUCCUGGGAGAUGUACUUGGGUCUGUCAUGGUCCAAUGUUGUUUACUACAGUCCUGAUAAAGUCCAAUUAGUAGCAGAAGGAUUUGAUUUCGCUAAUGGCAUUGGCAUUUCCCCUGAUGGCAAGCAUGUCUAUAUAGCCGAAUUAUUGGCUCACAAGAUUCACGUGUAUGAAAAGCAUGCUAAUUGGACUUUAACUCCAUUGAAGGUCCUCGACUUUGACACCCUUGUGGACAACAUCUCCGUGGAUCCUGUGACAGGGGACCUCUGGGUUGGUUGCCAUCCCAAUGGGAUAAGAAUCUUCUUCUACGAUUCUAAGAAUCCUCCUGGCUCAGAGGUGAUUCGAAUCCAGAACAUUCUAUCAGAAGAACCUAAAGUAACUGUAGUUUAUGCAGAAAAUGGCACAGUGUUGCAAGGUAGUACAGUUGCCUCUGCGUACAAAGGAAAACUGCUUAUUGGCACUGUGUUCCACAGAGCUCUUUACUGUGAUCUGUGACAAGCUGAUUGCACCACACCAUGGACAAUGGAGUCCAUUAUUUUAAUUGUCUUCCAUAUUGAAGGUGCCUUUCACAGUGAUCUCUGGUGACCAAUGAAAGCUGACAUUAAACUUAGAAGGUGUGAGAGUGUUUACCGGCUACAGAUGUGAAUAGCAAGGGUUUCUUUAAAGUUAGUCUUGAACUACUUGAAGACUUCAUUUAUCAAUAAAAACUCUUUCACCAAAAUGGCUAAAU